AUGUAUUAUAAUUAUUACUCUCGUAUUCAUUAUGUUUAACCUAAACAACCACAACAAUGUUGCAAUCCCUACAUUGUAUCACCCAGAAUGUCUGUACAAUAUUCAAUUCUUAUUAUUUAGGUCAUUCCCACUUCCAUCAAACAAAUGAGAGAAUCCAUACAAAUACCAUAUAAUUAAGAUAUCAUGAAGGCCAGUGCCAUCCUAGAAGUGGGCCAACGAGCUCGUAAUACUCAUUACAAACAGCGAUUAGAGGGUAUUUCCACUCCACUAUUAUAGAGUUGUAUCUCAAGUACGAAGAUGGCUGCAUUUAUAGGGGUUAAGGAAUUCCACCCUCAUAAAGACAUGGCAUGGGAGUCUUAUUCAACACCGAAAAUCAAGAAGUCUAUUCUGGAGAGUGGUUCAAUAAUCUUUAUGAAGGAUUUGGAAUUUUGGUCAAUCAAUCCCCACAUGUUAUUAAACAUAAAAUUGACCCCAAAGAUUUAAACACCAUUGAAGAUGGUUGGCAUGAUUACAAAGGCUAUUUUAAAUCAAAUAAAAUGCAUGGCGAAGGCAUCCUUACACUUACAAAUGGUCAGAAAUUUGAAGGCCAUUUCAUUAACGGUAUGAUUCAUGGAAAAGGACGCUUUUAUGGAGAUCAAAUCAUUGUCGGAAAUUGGUUUGAAGGUGUUUUAAUUUGA